AGUCGAGUGCAGGCAGCCAAACAGAGAAGACGUGGCUACCUGCCGCACAGCUGUUCGCUACGAGGAAAACUACCUUUACGGUUGACGAUCGCCCGUCACAUGGCAGCAGGCGUUUUCGACCAGCAUACGCCACUCUCCAGUGCCUUCUGCGCCAGAGCAAUGGAAUCCGCUGCCGCCCCCGAGAUGUCAGUGACGGUAAAGCAAGAGGCGGUGCUUCUGACACCACCCUCGUCGCCGGCGGCGUCCGCCCCCGCGGACCCGCCGCCGCUGCCGCCCCCGCCGCCGCCGGCAGUGCCUCUGUCUGCCUUCUGCCGGCCACUGCCGCAGCACCAGGCGCCGCCUCCACCGCCCCCGCACCUGUACUACGGCGGCCUAGCGCUGCCCCCGGCGGCCGCCCUGCUCGGUCACUGGCUGCGGCUGCACUGCCGCCCCUCGGGCCCGCCCCCGCUUCCGCCCCCGGGAGUCGGACGGCCUCGCUCUGGCCCCCUGCGGCCCAAAAAGCAGUUCAUCUGCAAGUACUGCUCGCGCCACUUCACCAAGUCGUACAACCUGCUCAUCCACGAGCGCACGCACACCGACGAGCGGCCCUAUUCGUGUGACAUCUGCGGCAAGGCGUUCCGGAGACAGGACCACCUCAGGGACCACAGGUACAUCCACAGCAAGGAGAAGCCGUUCAAGUGUGGGGAGUGCGGCAAGGGCUUCUGCCAGUCUCGCACGCUGGCGGUGCACAAGAUCCUGCACAUGGAGGAGUCGCCGCACAAGUGCCCCGUGUGCGCGCGCAGCUUCAACCAGCGCUCCAACCUCAAGACGCACCUGCUGACGCACGCAGCGCCUCCACCUCAGCAGCAGCAGCAGCAGCAGCAUCACCCGCCGCCACUGGCCGCCCCCUUCUCUGUGCCUGUCGGUGGCCCACUGCCGCCAGCGCCGCCCCCGCCACCUCCUCCCCCGCAGACGCACCACCACGCGCCGCCACCCCCGCUGCUGCUGGACCUCUCUUCGUCGGCCACCAGAUCGCUCCCUGCGACGUUGCCGCCGCCCCCGGCGCUGCCCCUGAAUCCCGCCCCCAAACGCCUGAGCGGAUUCACCAUUGCAGACAUCAUGGGACGGUAGUCAGCUGUUGGCGACACGAGUUGCAGGACAACCUCGUACACACAAGCCGUUGUUAGCCGAUGAGCGUUCGCGCUGGUAUCUAGUCCAAAGAGUAUGACUCGCAGCAUUGAAUCUUCCUAAAAUGGCCUCUCCGAUGAACUCAAACUAUGACUAAUGAAAAGAGGCUAAGACUUCUCGCAAGCGCUUGAGAUAAAGCUUCUCGAAUCUCAUCGCUGAUUUCAUAAAUAUUCAGUUUUGCUACCAAUCACCCCAGAUUGUGAAAAAUUCGCCAGGAGGCGGUGAUGCGAAGUCCUUUUGUUGGGACAUGGCUGGAUGAUAGCAUUGUCUGUGGAAGUUUGCACCUGGAAAAUUUCCUAAAGAAUGUCACCUCGCUGAAAAGCUAUUUCCUAGUCUCUCAUAACACUACUUCGCACUCUGACACCACUAGGGAAUUACAGAUGAGAAAAACGUUGUUUGUGUGAGCGGCACUCUUAACUGUAGAAUAUGUACAAAUUAUUUAUCUUGCAUACCACCAGUGUUUGAGCAAGUACUAUACAGAGAAAGUAGUCAUAGAGACAGAUGUAUUUAAGAGUGUAGUUAGUCUGCAAGAGAGUAUUUUAUGUUCUGUAAAGGAAAAAGAUGUAUUAUAAUUUAAGAGCACUGUAAAUAAGUGAAUCAUGUAGAAUAGAAUUUUCUUUACCCGUAUUGUUACCAAGUAUUAUGCCAAAACCAGUAUUUACUUCUGGAGCAAUGAAUUGAGAUAAUGAACUGUUGAAUUAAUUUUAAGAUUCCUUUAACGGGUCGUGCAAGCCAAAGACGCAUGUGAGGAGGCAGUUCCUUCUUUGUUUUCUUUUUUCUCUUAUUUCUCUCAUAGCAAGUUACCAGUGAUUCUGAUUGUAAGCCAGUAUGUUCUACUGGGCAUGAGAGCAAUGUAUCAAACGACAAAAGUUAAGUUCCUUACUGAUGCUAUUUAUUUAUUGAACGCAAUUCAGUUGUAUUUUUCACUAAUUAAGAAUUAUUCUUUUUAUAAAGGAAAUGUAUAUACUGUACUGCUAUGGUAUUUAUUAGUAAAACGAUUUUCAAUACCAGAAAAUACUUGUUUUUAUUACGAUAAUAGCCUUAAAAGGUUAAACUUGCUCAUCAAAGAUAGUUAUUCGCUGAAAUUAGAAUAUACUUUCAUCACGUCAGACAUUCAGGACUAAUGUUCAUGACACUGUAUUCGCUGCAACAUGUGGUAAGUGAAUCAUUUAACUAGUAUUAUGUCCUUUUACAUUCGCCAUGUAUGUGCUAGACGUGGUCCUUACCUACGAACAGAGUUUCCUAUGGUGCAACAGGAAUCAAUCUGGAAGAGAUGUAGCAUCAUUGCCGCACUUACUGCCCAACCGCUAGCUUAGUUGCUCUUUUCAACUCCAGUGCCGAAAUAUAAAACGUUUUCAUGUUAAGAUUUAACCCUUCGAGUACCAGUAAUAUAAAAAGGUGUAAAAUUUUUCGUAAAACUUUUACGAGUGUAGUAUGAUACGAAUAAAAGUACAUCACAAUU